AUGGAUUGUCCCGGCGCUUUGAAAGUUAUUAAAGAGGGUCCUACAAACCAGGACGAUGGGAACAAGCUUCUUGUUCAUUGUACUGAGUUAUUCAUAACGGCUCUAGACCGACUCAACAUGAACCAGCUGGCAAAAGACGAGAUCCAGCCAGAUAUUCGUCAUCUUUGGGAAACCAUGAACGGUCUGUCACUUCUGCCAGCUGAUUUUGAGGGCAAAGAGAGGAUGAAGCAUUGGCUUGACAUUAUGGAACCCAUGGGCGCAUCUGAGGAAUUAUCACCAUCUCAGGGACGACAACUCCAGUUCGAUGUGGAGACGAGUUAUAACAAAUUCAAGAGCAUUAUCCAAGGAAAGUAG